CCUCUGAACUUACCUAACUAGGCUACAUUGUCUUCUAGUAUCUUAGAUCCAAGUCUUGUUGAAGCAAACGAUAGAGACGGAUUUUCUUUCUUAUUAAAUUAAAUGUUGCAGUGGUAGCAAUCAAAUGUAAAUCUUUGUGAUGGGAUUUCCCCAGAGUGUUGGCAACUAAAAGGCAUAUCAUUUAACUCAUCCAUACCGUGAAUAUUUUUUGAUGACCCAUUCAUCUCUGCUAAAUAGCCAUGCAUUAUUUAUGGAAAGGCACUUUCCAUCAAGAGCAGUAAUGGGAUUUCAUGGUCGAGAUGCUUUCUGUUUGGCCUGUUUGGAUGUUUGUUCAAAAACGCAGUCUUACUGAGAGGUCACAGGCUCUCACUACAGGUUAGAAAAAAAUUUCAAGGUCAACGAAGAUCACUUAAUUUGAUGUUAAAUUCAACCAAUCAAAAAAGAAAGCCAAUAACUAGGAAAUACAAUGGUGGUUCUUAUGGAGGGUUGUCAUGGGAACAGACGUCGCACUGAGCAGAGUCAGCUGUCUGGUUUGCUCCACCUAAUUUACGCCACCUAAUAACACCCAAUAUAAGGUAAGUAAUGAAAUAUAAGUAAGGAACACGUUAUCGUUUUGUCAGGGGUAUAGCAGGCAAGCAAACAGGUGGCCGAGUCUUGGUAGGUUAACGUCAUAACGCUGAAGCUAAGAUAACUUGGAAGGGAUAACGUUAGCUUUACUGUUUAUCAAAAAUGUUUAACUCUUGUGUUUCAUCCCAAAGCAGAAGUCAUUGCAAUACACAGGGAAACAAUGAAGAAGAAAGAGAGAAUCCAAAAAGACAAAUUCGAAAAGUCAGCGGAAGACAUCAAUUCGAAAACAGCAGUACUGCCAGUUCAAGACAAGUGUCCGGCCCAAAACAUUGAUGACUACCAGUGCACCGGUCAUCUGGAAGCAGACUUUCUUGAAGUCACUGCUCUUUUGGGAAUGAGUGAAAUCCCUACGGUAACACCCAGACCCUCCGGAGCCUUGUCACCAGCCAUCCGGAAAGGGAUUAGAGGUGAGAUAGAAGUGGUUUCAAAAAUGGCAACCGAGAUCCAAACACAUGGAUCUUGGAGUCCUAAACGACAAUUACUGGUUGAGUUGGAGAGUGAGGAUCCACGGAGUGUCAAAGCAAUCAAAGUCUUCGGGUGGAAGGUGGAUGAAGUCAUGACCAAGGCACUGAACAAGAUUUUACCAUCCCUACACAAUCUACAGACAAUACACUUCUGGCAGGCGGACCUGACCCCGCAUAUUCUCCUCUGCCUGAAGACCCUCCUGCCCCUAUGCUGCAACCUCAGGACAGUGGUGUUGGAGGGGAAUCCAAUGGCUGAGAACAGCUACCAUCUCCUAAUGUCUGAAGACAGCAAUAUAGCCCACUUAUCACUGCGUCACAAUCAGAUUGGAGAGGAGGGAGCCCGUCUGAUUGGCUCAGCCCUCUCCACCAUCCACUCUGCCAACAAGAACCUUGUUUCUCUCAACUUGGCCUUCAACUCCAUGGGUGAUGCAGGGGCCAGGCACAUUGCAUGGGGUCUGCGCCUCAACCGCUCGCUGUUGUGUCUCUCUCUGGCUAACAACCACGUUGGGGACGCAGGGGCGGCUAUCCUGGCAGAGAUUUUGAGCCCUUUCCCUCUGACCCAUGAGGAGAUAGUUGAAAGACGGAGGCUUAAGAUUGAGAGAGAUCAAUCACCCACUCAGGAUUUGGUAACAGAUCGCCCUCUCUCCGUCCCCAGUAGUUCCUCAGUAGAGCAAAGUGUCAGCAAGGCGGCUAAGGUCCCUGUCAAGAAGAAGGAGAAGGCAUCAGGCAGUCAAAUAGGGUCCGGCAAGAAAGAGGAACCAAAACUGGCCAAAAAACCCUCUGAGACCAAAGCGCAACGGAGCCGACAGAAGCCUGUGGCCAAAGACAGACCGCCAUCAGUGGUUGACUCAGAGGACAAGAACAACUCAGGACAAAGUAAGUCAGCUGAUGGGGGAGAUGUAGGGAGCCCCUUGCUGGAUCCAGGUGUUCAACACAUUGGAGGGGAAAUCAUUAUGCCAGGAAACACCGCUCUCACGUCCCUCAAUCUGUCAGGCAACCUCUUGACAGAGAAGUCUAUGCAGCUAUUCUACUCCUCACUGCAGACCCAGAGUGAUGGGGGAGGCCUCUUGCGGCUCUGUCUGAGUAAAAACUGUUUCCCCUCUGACUGUGAGAGCUUCCUGAAGAUACAGGAGCUGAUGACCCACAGAGAUCCUCUCAACAAAAGCUCCGCCACUCAGGCCGAAGAGGGACACGGACCAGCCGAGUAGAGGACUGCG